AUUCUUGCUCUCAGAUUGAAAUGUUCGGUGGUGAUUUUGUAACGGUUAGAAUAUGGUCGAGUGAUGAUGAAUGAUUACUAAAAAAAUAUGGGAAAGAAACAAAUUUCGCUUCAAUAGCGGUGUGUGCAAAUUAAUUGAAAAGGUCAACUUAACAAUAACAAAAAAAUCUGUUUAACAAGAAAAAAUUAAUCAUUAAUAAAAAUAAUAAAAAAAGAAAACGAAUAAUUCCUACAAAAGCAUUAAAUUAAGAAUAGCAAAUUAAAAUAACAACACAAAAAUUGCUUAAAGUGACCUUAAUUAAAUAAAAUAUUUUUUGUUAAAGUGAAAAAAAUACAUUCAAUUUAAUGUAAAAAACAUGUAAAGUUCUUUUUUUUUUAAUUUUCCGUGCACAUUUUUAUUAUUUUAUGAAAGAACAUUGCAAUCAACUAAAACACACUUUGUUUCAAACAUAAAUAAAUUCAAUAAAACUUGGCAAAUAGUUUCUUUUAUUAUUUUUAUACAAUUGUAUUGAAAAAACUAACAACGGAACAAAUUUGCAAACUUGAAUUGGAUUCCAAUAUCUACUUGAAUUAAAUAAAAUAACUACAACAGUAACAACUGCAAACUACAUUAACAACAAAAAAUUGCUAUUUGUUUUGUUUUUGUAUUUCGAUUUCUUUUUGGUACCUGUCUAAUACCAGCACUAAAUUGUUGUUGUAUUAAAAUGGAGAAAACGGAUAUAUGGAUAUUUGGCAACUAGUUAGAGCAACUGACAGACUGACAACAAAACGGCACUUUAAACUUUUUCUUAUCUAAAAUGUGAGAUGGUGUCUGAGAUACGUGAAUGAGUUCAAAUUGCAUGACAAAUACACACACACAUACAAACACGCAAACACUUUGUAAUUUUUAGAUCGAAAUCGUAAAAAAAAUCAUCAUUAAACUGAAAUUUUUUUGCAAAUGCAGAAGUAGUGAUGAUCAAAUCCAAUAUGGUUUAUACCCACAGCAAAACCGAUGACAUACUUUUGAAUAAUUUUCAAAUUAAGAAAAAACGUUAUAAAGUACUGCUUAACUAUGAUCAUAUUGUGUGGGAGCGUUUAGAUGUGAAACGCUGCCAGCGAGAAAACGAUGGAAAGAAACCGGCAUCAGCGAUUUCAAUAGCAACGACCCCAGCGGCUACAACAGCAGCAGCCAUACAAAAAGAAGCCGAAUAUGAAAAAGAACAACUCUCACAAAAAGCAGCUUAUGGUUGCUUAAGUAAUGUUUUGCAUCUACACGAUGUGAUAAGAGUCUCAAAGGGUGUCACAAAAUCUGCCAGUAUACGCAAUGCGCACAAACCACUAGAGUCGACCGAAGAAUUACAACACCAACAGGUUACAACGCCAACAGAACAAUACCUAUCGAUUUACUAUGGAGAACGUAUUGUGGCUUCACCAAUCGAUUGCAAUCGUUGGCAUAUACGACGUUUGACCUUGCACAAUAAUGAUCCUUAUAUAGUGGCCAAAUGGUAUGAUCACUUGAGGAAGUUAAUGCACAAAGAUACCAGUAGACGUAUACAACGUUUGCUGGUAUUUAUAAAUCCUUAUGGUGGACGCAAAAUGGGUUUGCAAAUAUACGAAAGGAAUUGCAAGCAAAUUAUACAGUUAGCGGGUAUAGAUGCUUCCUGUAUUAUUACCCAAAGGGCCAAUCAAAUACGUGAUAUUCUGAUGACCCAUGAUCUAACGCCAUACGAUGCGGUCUGCUGUGUUGGUGGCGAUGGUACGGUGGCAGAAAUGAUUAACGGCUUGAUUUUGAGAGCAAUGAGAGAUCAAGGUUUAGAUUUACGCCAACCAGAAUACAUUCCGAAACCCGCUCUACCGGUAGGCAUAAUACCCGCUGGUAGUACAGACACCAUAGUCUACAGUCUACAUGGUACUUCAGAUGCUCAGACAGCUGCUAUACAUUUAGUUUUAGGACAACGUCGGGGUUUGGAUAUUUGUAGUGUAAGAAAUCGUGAUGGCAUAGUACGUUUCUGUACAAGUGUUAUGGGUUAUGGUUAUCUGGGUGAUGUUGCAGCUAAAAGUGAGAAAUACCGAUGGAUGGGUACGAAACGCUAUGAGUACACAGGAGUACGGACAUUUCUCUUAAAUCGAGGUUACGAAGCUGAAAUCCACUUACUUUUAAAUGAAGAUGAACUUGAUGCUAGUAGCUCAUCAACAAAUACCAUUACGCCUCCCUUCAAUGACAUCAUAUGCCACGCCAAUUGUCAGCGAUGUAGAAGUGAUUCCUAUAAAUCUCCUUAUGAAGAUAACGAUGAAAAACCUUCCUCGUCUAAUUUAUCCCUUUAUGCCAGACAAACUAAUGAUGCCGAUUGCAUAAUAAAAUCGCAACGAAACCCUCUCGAAAACGAAGAACAUUCCCGUAAUUUUGAUCGUAAUAUCUGUGAUAAAAACUAUACUAAACCUAUGGAAAAACAAACGCAAAUAAAAGAUUUAAUUGAUAACCCAGAGCCAAAUAUUAAACCUUCUUCUCCCAGCAGCUCUUCAUCAUCCAUUAAUAUGCAACAGCAAGCACCGGAACAGGAAAAACAGGAGCACGUAGAGCUGCCGCAAGAGCAAAAUGUUAUAGAACCGAAUGUUAGAAGUCCCAAAAAAUGGCGUAUUAUACGUGGUGAAUUUUUCAUGAUUACUGGCGCCAAUAUAACUUGUGCUUGCACACGCAGUCCCAAUGGUAUCUCCAGAUAUUGUCAUCUGGGCGAUGCCAUUUGGAUGUUGGUUUUAGUACGUAAAACUAAUCUGUUCAACAUACGUUUGGUGGUCAAUACCAUGGGUCGUAGUGGAGAUGUGAUACUCUCUUGGAAUUGUGAUGGAGAAGUUGUUAGUGAUUUGGAAAUAACCAUGACAUCUCAUCGCCAACUUUUGGAUGUUUUUAUGCGCGGUCCCUAUCUGUAUACAAAUCCUACUAAAAAUACAGCCAACAAAUCGGUGUUUUGUUGCUGCUGUAAUUCAUAAGUUAAAAAUUUGCAAUUAGUAGUGGCGUUAAUUAUUUUAAAAAUAAGAUAUUUGUGUGUGUGAUAUGUAUGUAGCUUUCAAUUUAAAUAACGGUUUUAAGCCGCGGUUUUUUUAUAUACUAGAGCAAUUAGAUAUUUUUGUAAAAAAAUAUUGCAAACUUUUUAUUUAAUUAAAUUAAUUUAUGUUAUAAGGGUAAUUAUUAAAGAGGAUAUUGGGGUUUCUUUAUUUUGAAUACUUGUAUUUUAAAAAAUGGGUUUAACUUUAAUUAAUACUGUUAUAUUUGUAUAUUAUUUCCAAUUGAAUCUUUAAUUGUUAAUUAAACAUUCCCUUUAUAAUUGAAAGUAUUAAUUAUUUUUUCGUUAUGUAUCCAAUUGCCAAUAGUUUUAAUUAGUUAAAUAAAUUAUAUAUAUUUGUAUGUAUGUUUUCAAAAUUUGCAGUUUUAUUAAUUUGAUAUACACAAUUAUUAAAUAUAAAUAAAUGUUUAUACU